AGAAAGUUCGAAAGUUUCAUGUGAUUUAGUCCAUAGUAGGUGUCGGACAUGCAAUCUGUAGAGGACAAGCAAGAUUUUGAUAAUUUUCUUGCUAAAGUUUCAAGCAUAGAUAGCAUUGUAAAAGGUUUGACAUCAGAAGAUGUGAAUGUUCAAGCAGAAGCUUUUGAAAAAGCAGACGAAGAAUUAAACGCACUCAAAAAGAGCAAAACCUUUGACAAAACAGUCAUUAAUAAAAAUGCUUAUAAGAAUGAUAACAACCUGAAGAGUUUCCCUAACCAACAUACUUCACAAGAUGAAUUCCUCAGCGCAAUGGAAGCAGAUUGUCAACAGAGAGCAAAUGCAAGAAAAGAAAGACACAAGAAAGCAAACAAACUUAAAGAACUCGGCAAUGAGGAAUUUAAGAAAAAUAGCUUUGAUGAAGCAAUUCGGAUUUACACAGAAGCUACAAAGGAAGCAAAGGACUUGACACCCCUCUACACUAACAGGGCAGCUGCUUAUUUAAAGUUGGGGAAAUGUGAAGAAGCAAUUGCGGACUGUGAUUUUUCUUUGAGGAUUGAUGAGAGAUGGGUGAAAGCGUUUGUGUUCAAAGGAAGAGCUUAUCAGAAGUUAAACAAAUUUGAUGACGCAAUUGAACAAUUCAAACAGCUGUUGAAACUAGAUAAAAAAAACACUAAGUUGGUUCAAAAAUAUAUAGAUGAGGUUGAGGAGGACAGAAGGAUCUUCCUGCUUGAAGCAGAGGCUGCGAAACAUGGGGAAGAGGAAAAACAAGAUCCCGUUAACAUCCCACAAGUGAUACAAACUCUUCGGGAUCGGAUGCAGGAGGAAAAGAAGACGGGAUCAGAUUUAUCUGGGAGCCUCAUGUAUUAUGCUGGUGGAUUAAGGAUCCUGCAAGCCAAACUGGUUGACGAAACUUCCCGCACACUGUUUCGUAUGCAUCAUGGAUUCAAUCUCUUUACUGAUGAUGGUUGUAUUGCUAACUGCCUGAAGUCUCGGUUGAACUCAGUCUCAGCAAACCCUUGCCAUGGGAAUGAAUUGGUUUCAUCUGCUGUGUGUUUGCUACAUGCUGCUUGCAUAAAUGAACCGGAAAACUUAAGGAUGUUAGUCUCACUGUCUUCAAUGCCAGAUGUUUUGUUGUCUUUCCUCACCUGGCCUGAUGACCAAGUAAAACGUGAUGUCAUCAGUUUAUUUCAAGAAACUUCAUUUGAAGCCAGCACGAGAUUAAUAGUGACCAAUGCUGUUGACUGUGCCAAGUUUGGGAAGCUACUGUUGAGCCCUAACACGCAGAGGGCAGAUGCCAACACGGCUGCUGCCACAACAUUAUGCAAUUUCACUUUGGAAAAGAAGUUUUUGGCAUCUGCUGAAAAGAGUUUUGAGGAAGAGAUUCUACCUUGCUUGAUUAAAUACUUGAAUGAUGUAGGCAGCGGUGAUUAUGAAGCUCUUACAUUAAGAAUGAGGUGUUUUUCUCAUUUUGUGGAAAGCUCUUCCAUCUGCAGCUUAGUUGCAAAUAAUGGAAGUGUUUCGGAAAACAUUAAAAAUGCUUUGGACCGUUGUGUCACCUCAUUCAAAAAGGGACUGACCAACCCGUGUGCAAUGGAAGAUGUACUUCAAGUAACAACCAAGAUCAUCAAAUGCAACAAAUCUUCAUCAUUUUGUUCUUCUCUUGCACAGUUACUUUACCCAGUGGUCAUGAAAUCCAAAGAAACUGGAUUACUGCUGAAAUGCCUCACUGUGAUGAGUCUUUGUAUGGAAGGAUUGGUGGAAUGCACACAAGCUGUUUAUAAGAAGGCUGGUACUGCUUUUGUGAAGCAAUUAUACAAACUAAUGAAGCACAAUGAUGUUGCAAUUGUAACAUACAGUUUAAAGAUAAUGUGUUUCAUUGGACAAAGUAUUCAUGCUGCAGUGGAAUAUUUUGCAAGCAUAGAUAAAGAUUAUGUUACGAUGCGUCAAUUGCUGAUGAAUGAAAGUAAAGGAACAAUAAGUUACGUCAACCAAAGUCACGUCGCCAUGUUGCUUGGCGUAAUCGCCCAACUGCCUCAUGGUUUAGAUCCAAUCCUUGCAAUUAACAAGGAGGGAGAAGUGGUGCGCCAUCUUCUCGUGCUGUGCAGGGAUUCAAACAGCAAACACUGCAGAGCCAACUGUGCCAUUGCCGUGGGGAAGAUGGCUCAAGCAAAUGGAAGGUUUCUAGAAGAGCUUCGUAAACAUGAUGGAAUCAACAUUCUUGCAAGAAAUAAACCACCAGAUGAAUUACUGGCUUGAAGAAGAAAAUGAUGUUGUUGAGGUUCCUCCAUUUAAACCCAAUGCUUACAAAUGAGUUUGUUUUCAUUGGUUCAUGUGUAACACUGUUGUUUAGAAGUUGGCGCUGUUUUAUUUCAUAUUUUGAAAACUUGCUGUGACAAAAGUGCAUUUUUAUGUAAUACAAAACUAUAUUUGUAGUUUAUUUUUGAUAGAAAUACAUAACAUGUGAACUUUG